CGUAUGGCUAUGGAUUAAAGAAAUAGUAGUUGUGAAUCAACAUUGUCGCGGUUUCCUUAACGGGUGGAUAACAUUAAUAUUUUUCGGCAAAAUUAUAUAUAAAUAAAAACAAAUAUGGUUAUACAAUCGGAACCAAUCACAAUUUCCCCAAUUGAGGAAACUAUGGAAAAGAAACCCAAAGAACCAGAACCCAUCAGAAUUGCUACCAUCGAUGAAGCUCUGGAAAAGACACGUUAUGGAAAAUAUAAUAUACAACUUAUCAUAUUUUCGGGUCUCGUUUUGAAUAAUGUGAUUUUGGAAUCGGUUGGCAUUAGUUUUGCUUUGCCUGUUAUCGCCUGUGAUUUAGAUUUGUCUUACCAAGAGCAAGGCAUUUUAGGUGCCGUUUGUUUUUUGGGUAUCAUUUUUAGUUCCCAUUUAUGGGGAUUUUUAGCUGAUACCAAGGGCCGCAAGGAGACAAUGAGACCAGCUCUACUCUUGGCCUUUUUGGUCACAUUGAUAUCAAGUUUUUCCUAUAAUUUCUUAAUGAUGGCAGUUUUGAGAUUUAUAAAUGGAAUAUUAAUAUCGGCUGGUUCCGCUACUAUUUUUGCCUAUUUAGGUGAAUUCCAUUCACAAAAGAAUCGCAACAAAGCUAUCAUGUGUGCAGCUUUCAUAAGUGCCUUCAGUGCCGUAUUCAUUCCAAUUCUUGCUUGGCUUUUCAUUAAUCAAGAUUGGGAAUUGGAUAUACCACUUCUACACAUUGUCUUUAAACCCUGGCGGUUGUAUUUAAAUGUAUGUGGUCUUUCCGGACUUGUUUGCUGUGUUAUUUUAAAUUAUUUACCAGAAAGUCCCAAAUUCUUAUUGGGUUUGAAUAAAUCAGAAGAAGUUCUAGAUAUUUUAAAGAAUAUGCAUAGGAAAAAUACUAAAGGAAAUAAAGAUCUCCAAGAUGAGCAAUAUACGAUCACAACCAUUUUGCCAGAUUUGGAUACACCUCUACGCAAAAAGACUUCGGAUGAUCCAAAAUCAUUUACAUCGAUUUUACGCUUAAUAUGGGAUCAAACCGCACCACUAUUCAUGGGCCAACAUAUACGCAAAACCUGCUUGGCUGCUUUAAUACAAUUUAUUACAUUUUUCACUGCUCAUGGUCUUUAUAUGUGGUUUCCUUAUAUUCUCAAUACUACCAUGCUAUAUACGCAGCAAUAUGAGGAACCUAUGUGUCUCUGUGAUAUUUUAAAAUUUACACAAUCCUCGAAUUUCUCAAACUCAAAUAGUUUAGAAGAUGAACAGAUGGAAAACACUUGCACUACAAAGUUAGAAAUCUCCACCUACAAACACACAAUCACAUUAGAGGUUAUGUAUGUGUUGUUGAUGUUAUGUGUGCUGUUUGCGAGCAAAAAGUUUAAUCGCACUCUAAUAUUAUUUGUAGUUCUUGCUGCUUCUGGUAUUUUUGGAGUUUUAAGCAUAUUGAUUAAGAUACCUUUGGCGGCCAUUUAUAUGAUCGCUAUUAUGUUGUGUUCAGGUGUAGCAACAAGUGUUAUGAGUGCCAUUGUAGUAGACAUCUAUCCCACGAAUUUAAGAGCAAUGGCUGUUUGCAUUUCAUUAAUGUUGGGACGCAUUGGCAGUGUUUCGGGAAGUUAUAUAAUGGGUGCCCUAAUAGAAAGUCAUUGUGAAUUAGCUUUCUAUACAUCAUCAUUCGCAUUAAUAUUAGCUGGUUGUUUGGGUUUUCUGAUGCCUAAAACCCAGGACAAUAAAAAGCAAAAUAAUGACAAUCAAAAUAUUUAAUUAAAA